CCGCGCUAUAAUCAGAGAGCAGCAAUCACACAUAUCUUAACAGUCUUCUAUGUCAGUUAUGCCAGUGCGGACGCACGUUCGUGGUCGAUACUAUUGAUCGCACACGCACUUUUGUGAAAUUUGAAUAUCGACAGAAUCUAUUUUUGAACUCAAGACCAGAUGAUCAAUCUAAUUCCAUUUGCUGUGAUGGUUCUACUCAUUGACCAAACCGUAGGUUCCGCUUUGAAUGGUCCUUGUGCUUCCAAUGAAGAAUGUGGGACAUUUGACACACACUGUAGAAAUGGGACAUGUGUAUGUAGGGAUAAUUUCAUAACAGUUUACGACAGUUGCGUUCACGUGGCAUCGGAAACUGUUGAGUGUACCAGAAAAGAACAAUGUCAUUCCAUUUUAGGCAGUAAGAGCACUUGUAAGAAUAAGAGAUGCGUAUGCAGGCCGUUCCACCAUCUGCACAAAAAGCAAUGCGUAAAGAAUAAAGAUCUUCACGAUUUUUGCGAACACGAUCAUCAGUGCUAUUGUGGACAGGAUUGUGUAGAGAGAAUUGGUUGUAUCAACCACAAGUGUACAUGCCGAGAAGGAUAUAAAACGUACAGUAUCAGACGAUGUAUAGUGGACCCUUUAUACUCAGUAGAAACUCCGCCGAUUGCAGUUCAGCAGGCUCCAAUUCCUCCAAUGAACAGUGCAGCUUUAAUAAACCACUCAAUUUUAUUGUAUAUAAUUAUGUUCUCUAAUUUUCUUAUUAGGUAUAUGUAAAUAAAUAAUUUGUAUAUA